AUGGGGAAUAGUAGCAGCAACAAUAUCUCGGGCGUUGAGGAUUCGUCCUUGCAGGAUGACAGCAACUCGUAUAGCAGCAGCCAGGAAGACGAUUAUGGUAGUCGUCGGUCGAUUGCGUCCUCGUGGGGUCGCCCUUCAGAUUACUCCAACUACUCGGAGGAUAACCUGACGACGACUAGUGGGUCGGCCAUUCUCUCGAUGACGGUUGAGGAGAAGAUGAAGCAGCGGAUGCGUCGACGAUGGGCUCUGUUCUCUCAGACGAGGAAGGACAAGGCGACGAGGCAAUGGCUGGCCUACUGGAGUAUCUAUGGAACGGUACAGGUGAUCGAUACCUGGUCGUCGUUCUUGCUCGAUUGGGUCCCUGGCUAUAACCUCGGCAAGCUACUGUUCCUCUGGUGGGCACAACGUCGGGGUGCGACCUUGGUCUUUGACUACUUCCAACCAUUGAUUCAGUCCAAAUCCAAGGACGGCCGUGAGGUUGCCCGCAAGACGAGCACCCGCAGCCUCAACUCGGAAAUGUCGCGUCAAGACCGACAGGGAGGUGGCUCGGGCAGCGGCGGCGGAGGAAAUGCAAGUGGAUCGGGAUCGAGACCUGGAAGCCUUCAAAUCCUUCCUUCGACCUUGGCCCAUCAACAACAACAGCAACAUCAGCAGUACCAACAACAACAGCCCCAAUACCAGCAACAGCAAUUUGAGCAACAGUUCUAUGCCAACGGAGGCUCUCGCCGGGACACUGCGACGUUCCGGGAACUGAACCAGGGUCGCCAUCGGGACGACUAUGAAGAUGAUGAUGAAGAGGACGACGAGGACGAUUUCCAUCAUCUCCAUCAACGCCAACAGCUUCUCCAACAACAGCAGCUGCAGCAACAGAGACAGCACAAGCAACAGCACCACCAAGGAUCGCUGGACCUUCUCCGUGAGGGCAUGACCAGCUCCCCCCAUGACUCUGGCUCCUUUGCCGAGACUUCUCUUUUCGAGUCUGCCGAGAGUGUGUGGAGCGCACCCCCAGUCUCGACCGGGAUCCAGGCCUCUGUGGAAGGUGGCGGCCUCGGAGGAGCUGGAGUCGUAGGCCUUUCUUCAUCCUACACGUCAUCGGCAGAUCGUCUUCAUAGCAACAACGCGACUCCUACACCUAUGUCCGUUCAGGAACAGUACCAUCUCCGCCAACAACUUCAAGUCCAGCAACAGCAGCAACAACAGCAGUCCUUGCAGAAGCAGCUCGCCAUGAGCACUCAGGGAGAGGAAGACAGCUCUAGCAGAGACGGCGUCGCUGACAACAGUCUUCAUUCCUACGCUGUUGCUUCGACCCACCAUUGGAACCCCUCCUCGUCCUCCUCUACCGACCUUUAA